AUGGCAUCCGCGGAUCAAGGCCUGAACGACCGGCAAUCCGACAAUACGCUAGCUGAUCCUGCCAUCGCCGACAUGGACGCAAGCAAAGACUCUACCACGGUCGUCGUCGCUCCGGCUUCAUCUUCACCAGGCAAGGCAUCCAAGAGCGCGAAAGCGGCCAAGAAGGAUAAGAAAAAGGCUGCGAAGACUAAGUCAAAGAAGCAGCUCAAGAAGGCCAAGAAGCACAAGAAAACAGCCAACCUAGACACUGAUGACUCAUACGAUGAUUUGACUGACGACAGCGACUCUGAGGCUGGAGAGAAUUCUUUCGAUUCGGAAGACAGUUCUUCUGAAUCGUCCGAAAGUGAUAGCGAGAGGGAGCACGGCAAGUCUAAGAAGAAAUCCAGCGGCAAAGGCAAGAAUGGCCGAUCCUCGAAGAAGCAAAAGUACAACCUCGGUAAUGCUGGCCUCAGUCACGGCUCUUCCAUGACUGGCAACAAAUUCGCAAAGCGCGGGAAGUUUCCUCCACCGCCUGCGCCUCCAAAGAAGAGAUCCUCCAAGCUGGACUUCAAGCGAGUUGAUCAGGUCUGGGACACCACGAUUCACAACUACAGACUUCAGGAGACAUCGGCGACCACUUCGAACUCGCAGUACGAAGGAUAUGUGCUGCAAGUCAGGCGUACCUUUGACUGGGAAGGCAAGUACCAGACCACCUACCUCGAUGUCAAAAGCAAGGUCUUGCGCGAGUGCCUUCAAGAGGUGAUUGGCAACAUCAAAGGAAUCAGCCUUGUCGAUGAGACUCCCAAGCUGAAUCCCAACAUGGUAUUCUUGUACUUAGAAGACUUACGAAAGUAUCGCAAGGCGUUGAGCAAGAUUUCGACCACGGACUUGAACAAGAAAAAGCGCAAGAAGUUCAGAAAGGACAUCGAAAACAAGCGCCAGCAUCUCAAAGUGCUUCUCAAGUAUCUUGACAAGGACUAUGCCGAAGUCAAGAAGAGCCUCUACCCCAUGCUGGAGAAUGGCCUCAUCACCUUCGAUCUUCUCUGGGCUCUUUUCAAACCCAACACCCUCAUCUACACCACCACGUACGGCUCCUCCGAUGAGCCUCGAGUCUUCAAGGUGGAGCAGGCGGAGAAGAUGUGCAGCAUGACAAAGGGAGAGUUCUACCUUCUUGACGGCAAGUACUUGGAGUAUGAUGGAAAACAAUUCGGGUAUGGGAGCCUCUGUGAGGAGAUCCCGGAGUUUCGAGGCGCUCGAAAGAUCAGUAGCCUCAACGCCUUCCCUCUUGACUACCAUAAGGAGGAGGAAGGGAUCAAGGCUGCCCUUAUCGAGCGUGGCAAGAAAUUCGUCAACCUCGGCGGUGUGCAUUACCGAAGCCACCAUGGCUUGGCGUACUACAAGAAAAAGAAGAGCAUCAUCAAGGUCAACAUCAACGGACGCAUCAUGGUCGACCCCUCUGUCCACCGCAGGAUCAACCCGAACUAUCAAGUCUCUGCCGUCAGGCCCAAGGACCACGACAUUCUCUCUGACUCGGAGGAUUCUGAUGACGACGAGAAGCUGUGCGAGAAUGACGAUUCAACCUCGGAGAACGCAUGUGGUAGUGACGACGAUGCGGGCUGCGGGAAGAUGGCCACAAAGGUUGUUCGCGAUGCCAAGGGUAAGAUUCGCAUGCUCCGAAUUCCCAAAUCCAUGGUCGAAGACUCUGCUGUACAGGAGAAACCGCUGGAGCGCGUCGACGAAGCUAAGACCGGUGAGGAGUCCAACGAGGAGGAGGAUAGUGGCAAGACGAAGAAGGCUCUGGAGUUCUCUGACGAGGAUUACCUUAUUGCAUCUUCUGUUGUGUUGGGAUUCUCCUUCUCCGAGAAGCUCUGGCUUGAGUUUACCGUCUCCGGAGUCAAUGACAUCCAGUGGAAUGAUGGCGCGUAUGAGUCUUUGGUGCUUGAGCCGAAGCAGAAAGACAUUGUCAAGGCUCUCGUCGAGUCGCACAAGUACCAUGCUGCCGAGAGCAUUGACGAUGUCAUCCAAGGCAAGGGCAAAGGUCUUGUCGCUGUACUCCACGGACCGCCUGGAACUGGUAAAACGCUCACAGCCGAAGGCAUCAGCGAGCUUCUCAAGUGUCCCUUGUACAUGGUUUCUGCCGGGGAGCUAGGCACCGACUCUCGAUACUUGGAGACGGAGUUGCAGAAGAUCCUCGACAUCUGCCACGCCUGGGGCGCCAUCCUCCUUCUCGACGAGGCCGAUGUGUUUCUCGAAAAGAGAAAUCUCCACGAGAUCUCACGCAACGCACUGGUUAGUAUCUUUUUGCGCCAGCUCGAGUAUUUCCAGGGCAUCUUGUUUUUGACAACCAACCGAGUCGAGACCUUUGAUGAUGCAUUCCAAUCACGUAUUCACAUCGCUUUGCGUUACGAUAGUCUAACACAGAAGGCUAAAAAGGCCAUCUUCAAGAUCUUCGUAGAGCGGGUCCGUGUUCUCGAGAAGAUUGACCUCAAGCCCUUCACUGAGGAUGACUAUGAAAGUCUUGCGAAGCAUGAUCUCAAUGGUCGCCAGAUCAAGAACACUGUCCGGACCGCCCAGGCCCUGGCCGUCAACAAGGGUGAGCCGCUUGGUAUGGAGCAUAUCUCGCAGGUCCUGGACGUCCAGAACAGCUUCGACCUCCAUCUCAAAGGUGGGGAGUCAUGCAAAGAUGCCAUGAGAAGCUACUAUUAA